CACUGAUUUCUGUGCGUAGGGAAUAGUCGGGGCGACGGGAGGUUAAAUUCGGGAAGAAAACUAGAGAAGUAUGGCUUUGCAGCUUUGGGAGACGUUGAGAGAGGCGAUCACUGCGUAUACAGGACUCUCUCCCGCUACCUUUUUCACGGUGGUGGCCUUGGCUUUCGCCUUCUACUAUGCAAUUUCUGGCUUCUUUGGGCCUUCGGAGCCUCCGAGGUCGAGGGAUUUCCAAGAACAAAUGGAGCCUUCUCCUCCUGUUCAACUUGGGGAAAUCACUGAAGAGGAGUUGAGGGCAUAUGAUGGAUCGGACCCUAACAAACCCUUGCUGAUGGCCAUCAAGGGACAGAUCUAUGAUGUAACGCAGAGCAGAAUGUUUUAUGGACCUGGUGGUCCAUAUGCAUUGUUCGCUGGGAAGGACGCAAGUAGAGCUCUUGCAAAGAUGUCCUUUGAAGAGAAGGAUUUAACUAGCGAUAUCUCAGGGCUUGGUCCUUUUGAACUAGAUGCCUUACAGGACUGGGAAUACAAGUUUAUGAGCAAGUAUUUUAAGGUUGGAACUAUUAAGAAAACUGUUCCAGUAACUGAUGGACUUUCCCCUAGUGAUUCCUCUGAAGCUAUGAAGCAAGAUGAUGUUGCUAAACCUGCAGAAGAUGGGCCAUCGGAGAACACACCGGUUGAUCAAGUGAAGGAACACCAUCAGGUCCAUCCAAAGGAGGUGAAAAAUGGAGAUAGCGCUGAAAGAGAGUAAAUCGUUUUUUUCUUGCAAGUUUUCAGCAUUCGGCAUUCAAAAGGUAUGGGACAUGUAUUUCAUCAAUCUAAUUUCCUCCAAGGAGUUCUCUGUUUAGUGUAGUUGAAUAUUGCAGAGAGAGACAUGCUACAAUCUACUUCUUGUUGUGUUGGUUCAGUUAAAAAUACUCAUCUUAUAAGCAGGCUAGACACAAUAUUUGUGAAAUAAGGGCGUAGAAUAUGAUACACUUGGUACUCCAGUACCAUGAUUUGAAUGCAGAUGAUUAUGAAUCAGUUGAAUCAAGCUCUUCUCAAA